AAGUCGCACAGGUGAAAGGCCAUUUUCUUGCUCUGAGUGUGGGAAAUGUUGUUUAUUUGAAUCACGUCUUGUUAUACAUCAGCGAAGUCACACAGGUGAGAAGCCAUUUUCUUGCUCUGAGUGUGGGAAAUGUUUUGCACACAAAUCAGCUCUAGAUAGACACAACAGAAGUCACACCGGUGAGAAGCCAUUUUCUUGUUCUGAGUGUGGGAAAUGUUUUACACAAAAAUCACAUUUUAUGGACUAUUACCAGCAGUGCCAAAAAUCCCCAAGAAGUUCUGAGAUGCCAGAGAUGAGACAGGGUUGUGCUCUGAGAGUAGAUACAGAGUUUCCCUGUUCUAUAGAUGCCAAAUGUUUUACACAGUACACAAAGCUUAUUACCCAUCAGAGAGGUAAGGCAAGUGAGAGGCCAUUUCCAUGUUCUGAGUGUGGGAAAUGUUUUAUACGGAAAUCAGAUCAAUUUACACAUCAGAGAAGUGACACAGGUGAGAAACCAUAUUCCUGUUCUGAGUGUGGGAAAUGUUUUACAUACAAAACAACUGUUGAUGAACAUAAAAGAAAUCACACAGGUACAUCUCAAUUUCCAUGUUCUGAGUGUGGGAAAUAUUUUGCAUGGAAAUCAGAUCUUAUUACACAUCAGCGAAAUCUUAUUAAACAUGAGAGAAGUCACACAGGUGAGAAACCAUUUCCAUUCUCGAAAGUAUGA